AAAAAAUUAAAAAUUGAUUGUGGUUGCAACAAAAUGAAACAUCAACAAGUAGUUGUGGAUUAUUGGACUAUGUUGAAAACAUCAAUUACCUGUUUACUACUGGCCAUCUCAGGAUAUGUCUUAAUUAAAAUGGUGCAAACAAUAUUUUUCCUGCCUGGCUAUUUGAAGAAUAAUCAGAAACGUUUAGAGGAGUUGGCAGCCAAAUAUAACUUGGAUUUGGACAAAGAGAUUGCUGAAGCCGAAAAAGAACUCAAUGACAAGGAAAACAACGCUGACAAGGACGACAAAGUAGCAGAGGAAUCUCCCAGUAUUGUGUCCGAAGCAAAGAAGGAUAAAUAG